AAAAAUAUAUCCGUUAGAGAUAGGAAACGGAUGCAGGAAAAAAAAAAAAGGAAUAGAAGGCCGUUAAGAGUAAGAAGGAACCAAUCUUCUUCUUCUUCUUCUUUAAUCUGAUUACAGACACAUUCCAUCUGCAAAGAAGGAACCAAGAAAAAACCCUAAUUCCAUCCACAUUCUCUUCAAUUGUCUCUUUCACCCCCUCUCUCCUAGUUCUGUGACUCAACUCGGGCGUUGUGAUUUAGCAUAGAGGGAACAAUUGCUCUGCUCCGGCGAUGGUUCGAUUUCAUUAACGGAGAGACGGAGCUCUGGUUCGAAUCGGCUUUACGCUGCGCUCCUUCUCAGUCAAAUCAGAAGGUGUUUGUGUCAUUGCCGUUAUGUGAGGAUGAAGAUAGCAGAAGAGAUGGAGAUCGUGGAAGCCAAAUCGAAGCACUACGGUCAGAUUCUAAAGCUAUAAAACUUGAGCUCAGGGAUUCUCAAGAAACCAAAAGUGCGGAGAUCUCAAGGUUGCAGUAACUUGAGAUGGGUAACGAUCUUUCUGCUGAAAACGAAAAGCUUAAGGAGUUGGUGAGUUCUCUGCGAAAGAAUAAUGAUGAAUCCGAAAGAACACCAACAGCUGAAGCUCCUGUAAUUGAUCAGACCGCAGUCAACAAGCUUGAAGCUGAAAAUCAACAGCUCAAGGCCUUGGUAACUUCCUCGGAGAAGAAAAUCGAUGCAUUUGGCAGAAAACAUGAUGAAACAAGCUCAAAUAUCACAGAGAAGUUGAAGGAGAACGUUUCAUCUGAUCACGAGAUGGUGAGCAAUCUCGCAGCUGAGAACAAGCGGCUCAAGGUAACCUUUCUACAGAUGUAGCUCAAGUCAACCAAAAGAAGCCAGAAUGGAUCAAACAUGAUCAACUACGCGUCUUCAGUUUAAUUAGUCCCCUUACACAACCGACUAUCCCGUGGUACCGUACCACCAAAACCUGAAGCUAAGCAAUGCACAAAGCCAGAACUGUUCCAGUUAGAGAGUUUAGUGAGGCACGAAGAUGAAAUGCGAUCAGAAAUGGGAGAGAGAAGAAGCCCAAAAGAGGAAGUAAAAGAGGAAGGCGUUCCAGUUCGAUUAUAAUGAGGCACGAAGAUGAGGCGUUCCAGUUCCGAUAUUUUGUAGUGAGGCGUUCUCAUGCCAGAUCUGUGCCUAACUUCAACAAACCCUUCUUACCUCGGAAGUUCCAGUUCGAUUAAAAAGAUAUUCAAAGCACAAAUCUUCUCUUGUUUUUUGUAACUAAUUGAAUUAAAAAUCACACACAGGUCUAACAAGAAGAUCACAAAACCAAAAUCACCCAAUCUUAGAAGCAAAGAUAUAUCUUUUAUUCUCUCUUUUUUUUAUUUUAUUUUUAUAUUUACAAUAAAACUUAGAUUAGAUUAAAAUCGAUUAGAUUUUAGAUUAGCUGUGAAACUAACCGAACAUGGUAUCC